UUGGCGUUCAAUUGAAGCUUCUCCUAUUUUCCUCAGCGGAACUCAAGAGCUCAAAGAACGUUACUAUUCUUUAGCAGGCACUGAAACUUCUUCGAAUCUUCCGGUAAAUUUGAUGGAAGGGUUGAUUAGUGCAAGAAUAAUUCCUAUUCGCGGUUACAGCAGUCAGGGAAACACAGCCCUAUUUCCAACACAUACAUCAAACAGAAGAAGAGUGUUUUGUGGUCCAAUCAAGAUGAUGGCACCUACCAACUCAUCCAACUCAAAAGCCGGUUCUGUUAAGCCAAUAACAGCAUCCUCAUUAGGCCGAUUAGACAACACAUUACCUUCAAAAGAGGUUCUUGAUUUAUGGCAAAAGGCUGAUGCUGUAUGCUUUGAUGUGGAUAGCACCGUGUGUGUGGAUGAAGGCAUUGAUGAACUUGCUGAAUUUUGUGGAGCUGGAAAAGCUGUUGCUGAGUGGACCGCAAGAGCGAUGGGUGGUUCAGUCCCGUUUGAGGAAGCAUUAGCUGCCAGACUUGAUCUUUUCAAACCUUCAUUAUCAACAGUCCAAGACUUUCUUGAAAAGAGGCCCCCAAGACUGUCUCCUGGCAUAAUGGAAUUGGUUCAAAAGCUCAAGGAAAGUGGUAAGACUGUUUAUUUAAUAUCCGGAGGUUUUCGCCAAAUGAUCAAUCCGGUUGCAUCAAUCCUCGGGGUACCAACUGAAAAUAUAUUUGCUAAUCAACUAUUAUUUAAUGAUUCUGGUGAGUUUACUGGAUUUGAUGUAAAUGAACCAACUUCAAGAAGUGGAGGAAAACCAACUGCAGUUGAAUUAAUAAGAAAGGUUCAUGGAUACAAGACAGUAGUAAUGAUCGGUGAUGGUGCCACUGAUCUCGAGGCUCGAAGACCAGGCUGCGCUGACCUGUUUAUCUGCUAUGGUGGGGUCCAACUUCGGGAGGCCGUUUCUGCAAAAGCCGAUUGGCUUGUGUAUAACUUCAAAGACCUGAUAAACUCUUUAGAAUAGCAAGCACUUUCUCUUAUUCUUUUGGAAGGAUUGAUUAUUCAUGUGUGUUGCUGAGUGUUAUAGUACAACAUAUUGUUCGGUCACUGCAAAACUGUCUGUAAUAGUUUUUAACUGUCUCUAUUAGUUUCUAUUUUAAAUGAAUUAUAUAAUAUAUAAUGAGAUGAUCAAUAAGAAAGAUUGUUGAUUGUU